GGUCUUGUGGGAUUUCAUGAUUUAAUAACACUUGAAUUUGUUUCUGGUCAGAUUGAGCUUAGACAAUACAAAUAUUCAAUAAACUUGUUUUUAAACAUCAGCUUUGUCUUCUGCCUGCUGCAUCUGAACUGUUUUUCAAGCUCAGGAUCUUUGUCCUCAUUAUCCUUUUUGCUGUGCUCACAUUCUUGCUCUCGUAUUGCCGGUCCAUUUCUGUAAUUUGCCCCUCCACUCCCCAAGAUCCCAACCCAGCCCGAACUGAAGGUAAUCGAUUUAUGCUGUCAGUAAAAAGCUCUGCGUCAGUCUCGCUGGCUGCUAUAAAAGCUCUGCCAGUGGUGCUGCAUCCUCACAGACCUCUCUCCACAGCAGCAGCAGCAGCACUGCGGAAACCAUCUCUGCUCUCUUCUCUCUUCGACAAACAUGAGCUCCUUGAGUUACAACCCCUAUCUCCCAUCUGUGCAGCGGAGAAGGGUGAUGAUGCACAGCAGGACGCCCUUCAGUGAAGGAAGUAGUCGCUCUCGCUCUGUCUAUUCGACAUAUUCAUCUCCGUCCCGUGCUUCAUUACUGUCCUCUUCAGCAGGUCUACAGCGUUCUGCUGCAUCACCAGAUCUGGAACUGAGCCAGGCCUCACAGCUGAGCUCAGAGUUCAAAACAGUGCGGACGCAGGAGAGGGCUCAACUUCAGGACCUUAAUGACCGCUUUGCCGGGUUCAUUGAGCACGUACAUGGCCUGGAGCUCCAGAACCGUGCCCUGGAAGCAGAGCUGCUCUUGUUGCGCCAGAGGCACUGCGAACCCUCCCGUCUCAGGGGGCUGUAUGAGCAAGAGGCGAGGGAACUCCGUGCAGCGGUAGACGAGGCCCGUAGGGAGCACCAAGCGGCUCAAGAAAGGCGGGACCAACUGGAAGAGGCCCUCAAGGCCUUGCAGAGUCACUACGAAGAAGUAGUCCUGGCCCGUGAGGAAGCCGAAAGAAAGAUGGUGGAUGCCAGGAUGGGGGCAGAUGAUGCAGCGUUGGCCUGUGCAGAGCUCGAAAAAAGGGCUGAUACUCUGCUGGAUGAGCUGGCUUUCCUCAAGAAGCUCCACGAAAGCGAAAUCAGCGAACUCCAAACCCAGGUGCAAUACAGCGCCCAGAUGUCUGUUGAGAUGGAAGUGGCCAAACCGGACCUCUCGGUAGCUCUCCGGGAUAUUCGAGGUCAGUAUGAGCGCAUGGCGCAGCAGAACAUCCAGGCCGCGGAGCAGUGGUUCCAUGGAAAGGUGAGCACCAUGGCGGGUGACACGGCCAAACACACGGAGAACAUCCGCACCGCUAAAGACGAGGCUGGGGAGUACCGUCGCCUGCUAAAAGAGCGAGACCUGGAGAUCGAAGCAUGCCAGGGCUUGAACCAAGCACUUGAGCAACAACUGCAAGAGGUCGAGGAGAGACAGAGCGCAGAGAUCGCCGCCCUACAGGAUACCAUCGGUGACAUAGAGAAUGAGCUAAGGACCAUGAAGAGUGAAAUGGCCCAUUACCUCAAAGAAUAUCAGGACCUUCUCAAUGUGAAAAUGGCCUUGGACAUUGAGAUAGCUGCUUACAGGAAGCUUCUAGAAGGAGAAGAAACACGCUUCAACGUGGGCGGUAUUGGCGGUAUCUCCAGUGUGUUUUCUCCCUCCAUCGCCGCCACUCCUUCUUUCGGUCGUCCUGUGUUCUCUGUUCAGGCCAGUCUGUCCUCUGGCGCCCCCUACCUUCUGGGAAGCAGACUGAUGAGCUACUCUGCCACACCAGAUGAAAUCAUUGAAGCCAGCAAGGCGCAGGAGGCUGGGGCAAGUCCAGAGGAGGAAGAGGAAGAGCGUGAGAAGGAGGAGAAGGAAGAAGAAGAGGGUGAAGAGGGAGGAGAGGACGAAGGUGAGGAUGAAGGAGAACAGGAAGAGGAAGAAGGAAAAGAAGCAGAGGAAGAAGAAGGAGGAGAAGAGGCAGAGGAAGAGGAAGAAGGAGAGGGUGAAGAAGGUGAUCAAGAAGAAGGGGAAGCUGAAGAAGAGAAGGAUGACGCUGGAAAAGAGGAUCAAAAGAAAGGAGGAGAGGAGAAAGAGAGUAAAGAUGAGAAAGUCAAGCCAAAAGAGAAGUAAACACAUCGGACUGAAAUCCCUGGUGCUAUCUGGAGGUGAUCAAACCUCGUGCAUUUAUCUCACGUAUGCAGACAUCUCAAUGACAACUUCACUGUGUCCUGCUACUCUUAUUUUCAGUUUAACUUAAAAGCAAACCAUAAUGUACACAAACGAUAAUAAUGAAUGCAACCGCAGAGAUCGGCCAAAGCCCGAGUAGCUUAUACAUGAACAGAUGCUUUACACUUGCGCUUGGCAGGAAAGUUGUGAUUGCAGGUUGCUUGUGUUGGUUUGAUUGUCGUGUUAUUUAUUGAAUGCAAAUAAUUUUCAUUGAGCAUUGUGUCAGUAUGCCUUCAGCAUUAAUCACACUAUCAACUGCCUAUGAUAACACAAGUGUGCUUAGUAUUCAAAAUGCCUUAGACCAGAUCCUCAAAGAAAGGCUCAUUGCCUACCAAUAAAAACUUGACACCUCCUUA